AUGUCGGGAGAUCGUUUUGACGCGGAUCAUAAUGUCCCGAAGAUACAGGACUCGGUGACACACACCAGCCCUACGCCCAAGAACAACCAUGAGCGGGUGACGGAAACCCGUCUGUCACACUCACAGUCUGUGCAUUCGUCGGAACACCGCAGCAUUGGAGACUCUUCAGACCAUGGCUCGCUCGAGAGGAUACCGACUGCUCAAACAGAGCUUGCGGAUGCCGUCGUGGCCCAACGAACGGCGACCGAACCGGGACCAGUAUAUUCGGUGUUUACGAAGCAGCAGAAGAUAUUCAUUGUCUUCAUGGCGUCUUGGGCUGGAUUCUUCUCUCCUGUGUCGGGUCAGAUCUAUUUCCCUGCGCUGAAUGCCUUGGCGAAAGACUUGCAUGUUUCCAACACGUUGAUCAACUUGACCUUGACAUCUUACAUGAUAUUUCAAGGCCUGGCGCCUACGUUUGUUGGAGACCUUGCCGAUGCUGCGGGUCGGCGGCCCGCAUAUGCUAUUUGCUUUGUAAUAUACAUCCUCGCGAACAUCGGCCUUGCGCUGCAGAAUAGCUAUGCGGCUCUUUUCGUGUUACGCUGCUUCCAGAGCACUGGCUCCAGCGCAACGAUCGCCAUGUGCAGUGCUGUCGUCGCUGACGUCGCCACCCCUGCCGAGCGCGGCAAGUAUAUGGGAUUCACUCUAGCCGGAUCACUACUCGGCCCAGCCAUCGGUCCCGUCAUUGGAGGUGUCCUCGCCGAGUUUCUAGGUUGGCGUUCGAUCUUUUGGUUCCUAAUGAUCAUGGGUUCGGCCUUCAUGUGUGUCUUUGCCAUAUUUUUUCCAGAAACAGCACGCAAUCAGGUCGGCAACGGUUCGAUCCCGCCAAAGGGCUGGAAUAUGUCGUUGAUGAAUUAUCUUGCCAUCCGCAAAGCACGAAAGCUUCGGCCCGACGACCAGCAGUCAGUGGCGGAACUACGAUCCAAAUCUGGCCUGGGUAAGAAAAAGACGUUCCGCUUUCCGAAUCCCCUGCGAUCUCUUCACGUCAUGUUCGACAAGGAGAAUGCGCUCCUGCUGUGGUAUAACGCCUUCCUGUUUGCAGCUUUCUACGACGUCACGGCAGCGAUGCCCUCGCAGCUGGAGGCAAAUUACGGGUACAACGAGCUUCAGAUCGGUCUCUGCUUUAUCCCUUUUGGAUUCGGAUCCUUGUGCGCUGCGUUGACUAACGGGCAAUUACUGGAUCGCAACUUCGCUCGUUGGUGCAAGAAGCUGGGGGUGCAGAUCAGAAAAGGCCGAAACCAGGACCUCAGCAAUUUUCCGAUAGAAAAAGCAAGGUUACAGAUCGCCAUUCCAGCGUCUUACAUCACCGCGGUGCUUGUGUGUAUAUUCGGAUGGAUCUUGGAUGUCAACGGACCACUCCCGGCCUUGCUCGUCGUCUUGUUUUUUACUAGCCUCAGUAUGUCGAUGGCGUUCAACGUCACGAGUACAUUGCUCGUCGACUUCUACCCAAAGGCCCCGGCAACGGCAACAGCUGCAAAUAAUCUCGCUAGGUGCGGGUUGGGAGCAGGCGCAACCGCUGCUAUUUUGCCGAUGAUUAACGCCAUGGGCAGAGGAUGGACCUUCACUUUCCUGACCUUCUUUCUGAUAUUCACUUCUCCCAUGCUGUGGGCCGUAUACUUCUGGGGGAUGAAGUGGAGGACGGAGCGCAAUGAGCGGGAAAAGAAAGCUCAACAAUCGAAGGAGGAGAAGCUCCACCAGUCCAGCUCCGGCGAAGUGGGAUCUUUCAAUGAUGGCAAAGAUCAUGAGAAGCCACCUGUCGAAGGCGGGGUUCCUGAAAUGGCCGCUGUGGCAGAGAAAGAUCGCGAGAUGGCUCGUGACUUUCAGAAGUCGUACAAGGGCAACACCAGCAUGCAAGACAAACAUAAGACCCAGAGUAAUGACGAGAUUUCAGAGGACGAUGGUCACGAUGUCACACUAUCGCGGACCUUUUCCUAUCAGUCGGGGUACUAA